UGACAUUAAUAAAUUAUGUCGAUCAGUUAUUAAACAAUAUAACAUCACGAAAUACCACAUUUUCAAACAGUUUCAGUUUAUAAUUACAACAACCUUACAAUGAAGAUUAGAGCUAACCUGUAUUUAAUUACGGCAAUACUGCUAACAUCAAACUUUUUGACACUAUGUGAAGGUGUCAAUGACAUUGAUCAUGAACCAUUAUCUGGUCACUUAGAACAUUUAAAUCACUUGGAAGACUUUCAUGAUAUCAAUAAUUUUGAUAAUACCAAUGUUAUUCAUACAGUUGAAUUAGUUGAACAUGACGGAGAUUCAAUGACUAAAUAUGCAACAACAACUCAUACAAAUCAAAAGACAAAUAACGAGUUAUUUCCUAACACGAUUCCUAUCAUCCAACAAUCGAAUGUACCAACUACUUUUAAAAAGGUAGUAAAACAGACGCAAACGGUUAUCAAAUCUAAUAAUGAUGGAAAUAAUACCCCAAAAACCGAUUUAUCAAUGACAGAUAUAUACAGUAACAAUAAAUUAAAAGAAAGUGUAAUCGGUACUGUGGAAAACAUUGGUUUGCCAUCAAUACCUCCACAACAAGCUUCUGAUGUACAAAGUAAUAUAAAAAAUAUAAUACACACUACAGUGACAAAAACAACCACAAGUGGAAGUCCGUCAAAUGAAUUGGAUGAAUCUUUUAAUAGAAUACUUAAUUUAAACGCACUACCCUCAAAUAAUAUCAUAUCUACAGUGAGUUCUGCAAACACAAAUUACAAUGAUAGAAGUACAAGUUCAAGUUCCUUACAAUCUAAUUCAAUGGAAGAAAAUAGUAAAAUAAAAACAAUUUCAACAACAGAAGAUAUAACCAACGGAAAUGGUUUUGAUAAUUCUAAACGAAUAUCUCGAAAACCAGGAGGUUCAUUCAGGCGCACGAAAACUACAAUAUUAAAAAAACAUAAUAUAAAUGACAACAAUGAUCGUGGAGAUUUAGGUGCAUCUAGUAUAGGAUUUAAUAGAGAAGACACAUCUUCAAAUAAUAUUGUAUCAUCAAUGACGACCCCUUUAGGAUAUAAUACAGUAACUACUACAUCUGUUGAUAUGGACAAUAAUGUAUUUAAUAAAGGAAUCCCAUCCAGGAUACAACAAAUACGUUUUAACAAAUUUAAUAAACUAGGAAAUUCAAUAUCCGAAACUGGAGCUCUGAAGAAUUCAGGCUCAUUUGUACAAACCAAAACAACAACAAUAAAAAAUGAAAGAGCAGCCGAUGGAAUUAAACUUGAUGAUUUAAAUGAUAAGAAAAUAGAUUACAAUACUGACAACGGAAUGUCUACUUCAAAUAAUAUCGAAAAUUCAAAUUAUAUCAUAUCUUCAGAUAAUAAUGGUAAUGAUAAAAGCAGUGGUUAUAGUUAUGGUUAUGGUUAUGGCAUGGAUAGUGGUAAUAAUAAUAAUAUUGGUAAUUAUAAUUUAAUUUCUUCCAACCAUUUAAUGGAUGGAGCUUCAUCGGGGGGUUAUUCUUCAUAUAUAAUGUCUAAUGGGUAUAGUAAAGGAAUUGGUAGGGGAAGAAAAAGAAAGAAAAGUGGUAGUAAGAAAACAUAUUAUAAAGGAGGCAGAUCAAAAAAUAUAUCAUAUGAAAAAAGUAAAGGAAAUAGGCAAAUAAGAGUUAAAAAUGGUCGUAAUUAUGAAAAUACAAGAUCAUCAAAAAAUAGAAGUGGAGGAAAUUCUCAAUAUUAUUCAUUAACUAAUUAUGUAAGAGGAGGCCAAAGUAAGUCUCUUUCAUCUUCAGCUAGUUCUUCAGAUGAGUCAUCUAUGAAAAAAAAGAUGUCGUGUCAUUGUAAUAAGGUACGAAAAUUAAAUAAAAGAGAUAGCAGUGAAAGUAAUGGGAGUUCAAAAGAACAUCAUGGACCAGGGAAUCAUGAUUUAGGUAUUUCUAUGGAGAAUCAACCAAUGCAAAAUAACGGCGACUUCGUUGCCAGAUUUCCACCACCACUACCUCUAUCAAUGGAACGUGAACCUCAACCAAAUUUAUUAUUUGACAUGAUGCAAGAGCAGGGACCAGACCAAUCAUUAAAUUACAGUCAAUCAGAUAUAGCAACAGUUUUGAAUAGACAAGGUGAGAUGGCAAGUCAACUGAUUAACGAUCAUCAAUUCUCCAAUACUGAUAUAUCAAAUCAAUAUUUAACAUACCAAAUACCAAAUACUGGUUCACUAUAUAAGUCAGAUUCUCAACAAGAACAAUAUUUCGGAUCACCUAGACUUGGUCCAGGCCCAGGUCAUGGCCCAGGUCAUGGGCCAGGCCAUGGUCCACGCCCAGGCCAUGGCCCAGGUCCACACUCAGGUCAUGGCCCAGGUCCACACUCAGGUCAUGGUCCAGGGCCACACCCAGGUCAUGGUCUAGGUCCGCAUUCAAGUCAUGGUCCGCGUCAUGGUCCAGAUCCACAAGCUAAUCCAUUUGAUUCUAGACCAUUUAUUGGGGGUGAAUAUCAAAAAUACUUUGAACAAAAUCUACAACCACCAACACUAACACAAUUCCCAUACCCAUAUUCAUUUAAUCAAGAUUAUACUUCUGAUUUUUCAAAUAUGGGCUCAACUACUCCUGCAUUUACGGAUAUUCAGUCCGGACAAGAGGACCAGAUAAACGUUAACACUGACUUACCUCAGAUGCAACAAGACAUUGAAGGUACUGGGCUCAAUCGAAUGGAUGCACUGAAUUCAGGAUCCAUGACAACGCGUACUGGAAGUAAUUUGAUAAGAAACAUAGAUGGUGGCCCAGUGAUACAGUAUUUCAAAACAAUCAAAACAACUGAAAAUAUAGAUGGUAAUGGUCCUCCAGAUAUGCAAAUUGUUCAAGCUCAAUCAGUCCCACCAGAAGUUGAUAGUCAUGGUAUACCAAGUGUAUUGGAGCUUGUUCAAACAGCAAUGGAAUUGGUUCUACAGAUUUUACCGGGCUAUAAUUUUGAAUCUGGCAUAAAUGCAUAAUAUGAAAUUGUUUUAAUAGAUAUUUUAAUAAUAUAUGUUCUGAUUUACAACUGUAUGAAAUAAAAUAUAUUAGUGGGAUAUUACAGGAAGCAUAACAAAUAAUUAUUGUGGCCAUUUAUACAUUAUAUUACCUAUGUACAUAUUAUUAAUACAAUAUUAUUAACUAUUAUAAUAAGUCAAAAAAAGUUAGGUUAUUGGUAGUUGAUAUUUAGAUUAUAAUAUAAUAUUAUAACUAUCUACAAACA